AUGAGACUCGCGCCUUCUCGCGGGUUUGCUUGCUUGCCCGUUCGCAGGGCCUCUACUUUCCCCAAUACCGACUCAUUCUCAUCCACAUAUGCUCUUCUCGCGACGGCGGUGAUUCGUGCCAACCAUGGCCACAUCACCGCUUCUCCCAAAGGCAGCUUUGCCCUCAUGACCCAGCAGCGCCGGGGUAUUCACUCUUCCGAGCGCAAGUCGUCGACCGUCGCUGAGUUGCCAGGUGCCGUCCCUCCUCCGGCCAACUUGGAACCAAGCCGCGCACCCCUCUCGGUUUUGCCCUUGAGCAUGAUCAUCCGCUCCUUGGCCACGACUGUCGUGUCUUCCUCCCCUCUGCUUUUGCCACCGUCGCUGCAGAUCAUGACCUUGCUGGCUCACAGCACCAACCCCGUCUUUAACCCGGACAGAAACCCUAUUCUGCGAUACUUCCUCAAGAAGUCAUUCUAUGCCCAGUUCUGUGCUGGUGAGAAUCCCGCUGAAGUGCAGGCAACUAUCAACAGGUUGAAGAACAUUGGGUUCACUGGCGUAAUCCUGGGAUAUGCUCGCGAGGUUGUCUUGACAGAGAAGCAGGCCGAGGAGGUUGAGUUGGCUGCAGGACAAGAGACCCAAAAAGUCAUCGACAACGAGAUUGUGCCCUGGGCCGAGGGCACCCUUGAAACCGUCCGUUUGGCACAGCCAGGAGACUUUGUCGCACUCAAGUUCACCGGCGCUGGCAGUCUGGCUCUGCAUGAGCUGAAGCAUAAACUUCCCGCCAGCCCUUACCUAUCCAAGUCUAUCGAUUCCAUCUGCCAGCUUGCUCACGAGCGUGGCGUUCGUCUCUUGUUCGAUGCUGAGCAGGACGCUCUCCAGGAUGGUAUUGACGACUGGACAAUGGAGUUUGCCAACAAGUACAACACUUCCCCUGACACUUGCACCAUCUACGGAACCUACCAAGCGUACAAGAAGAAGACUCCCGCCGUUCUGGAACGCCACCUUGCCAUGGCACAGGAGGGCCAAUUCUCACUCGGCGUCAAGCUGGUUCGCGGUGCCUAUCUUGGUUCAGACCCUCGCCAAUGCUUCUUUGAUACCAAAGCCGAUACCGACGCGUGCUACGACGGUGUUGCUGCGAGUGUCCUGACCCGUCAAUGGAACACCACCCUCGAAGGCAAUGGCGAAUAUCCCGCUGCCCAUCUUGUCCUUGCCACUCACAACGCCGAGUCUGUUCAGAAAGCCCGCGCGAUUUGCGACGCUGGUGGUGCCAAAUCCGAGAUCGCCUUCGCCCAACUUCAGGGUAUGGCCGACGAAAUUAGCUGUGAGCUGGUCGAGGCUAGCCAAUCCGCACGUGCUGCAGAUGCCUCGGCUACUCCCAACUUGCCUGCCUACAAGUAUCUCGUUUGGGGGACGACUGGCGAGUGCAUGAAAUAUUUGCUUCGACGUGCUCAAGAGAACAAGGACGCUGUCCAGCGAACGAAGAGUGGACGUGACGCCAUGUGGGCCGAGGUUGUUCGUCGCGUCAAGAAUACUCUCCGUCUUGCAUAA